AAGAAACCAAUGAAUCACCUUUCUUUUUCACCCUCUUGGCUUUCAUUUCCUUGCAGUUGACUGCUCUCUUCUUUUUCCAAAUUUCUUUACCUCACAUAUAUAAUUUUCUUUUGUCUUUAAAACCUCUAUGCACAAUAUAAGUACUAGUAGUCUAGUACCUGGCAGUCAUUUAAAUUCCCUAUCAUUGCUAAAUGGGAGACCUUCACUCUAUAGCUAACUACAGUAGCUACUGCUCUUCUUCUUCUUCUUCUUUACUUGGUUGGGAAUAUCACAAUCUUGGAGUUUAUAAUGCAGACAUGUCUCACUCAACUAACUUUGCUCUGGACAGUGAUUACACUCCACCAUAUUCAUCAUCAUCUCUUGAUGAUUCUGAUUAUUCCACUGGCUAUCUACAAGAUGCUCUCUUCGAAUUCAGCUCCAAGCGAAGGCGGCUGCUGUUGUUCUCUGAUGACCAGACAAACUACUCUACCUGUCCAGUUCAGGAUUUCUGGACUGAAAAUUUCGGCGCAAUUUAUCCUGAAGAUUUCGGUUUUCUGAAUCAGACUAACGAGAGAGAUGAAUUCUCAGGCAAAAUGAUGAAAAACAAUAAUGCAGAGGUGGAAACACUAGGACAAGGCAAUACUGGAAAUUCUUUCUCUUCUUCAGCAAACAGCAAAGACUCACUCCACACUGGGUCCAGUUCUGAAAUACUAGAUUCUCUAUCUCCUCUUUCAGCUGGUGGUGGAAAUGAGAAGAAAAGAAAGAAGGUGACGAUCAUGACAAGGGUGGUCUAUCCCUUCGACGUGGUUAAACCGGGAGGAAUAGAAGGCGAUAUGACCUUAAAUGACAUCAAUGAGAGAAUUUCAAUGCCCCCGACGAGGCCGGUGAUGCAUCCGGUCGGCGACUUCGCAUGCAAACCGAUCAUGUCGCCGGAAGGACCGGGAUUGUCCGGCAAACCGGUGGUCGCUUUAACCCGAGUUCAAACUCAAGGAAGAGGCACAAUCACAAUAAUCAGGACCAAAGGCUAAAAGCAGCUAGUUUUGGUUUUGCGACAAGAAUUCACGUCAAUGAAUUGUAUCGAAAUAGAAUAUCGGAGUGAGAAACUUUUAAAGAGAGUAUUUCAUUUAGUUAGUUUAAUAUAGUUAGCACAUAGAAGACUUCACAUAUGUAUUUUAGUUAAUUAUGUCAUUUUCUGUUGCGUAAAUUGUAUAAACAUAUGUGUAUGGGGUACUUACAAAUUAUAUAUGUACAUACAAUUUCGUCGCUUAGUUUAUUUUUGUU